UUAGGAAAGAUGAACCCUUUGGCCUUUGUGAGCUGGAUUUUGUUUUGCACGGCAGUUCAGGCGGCAUUUCAGGACUUUGUGGUAGUACCGGAGUCCCACCAAAGUAACAAUGAGCUGGAGUUGAGGGAUGAAUCAUAUUUUGGAGAGGAUACGGAGGAUGACUUGAUGGUCUCGUUCCAAGAUCUAGAGCAAGAUGGCAUAGUUGACACUGGUUUAUUAUUGAAGGCUCUCAUGCAGCACGCCAGGCGUUUGGGCAUAAGUUUGGAGGAUUUGGCAAACUUGCACUUAGCGGAAGAAGAGGAAGCCAUGAACCAUGAACUGGGCUGCUCUGCCGGUCCAGAACUCUUCAGCUAUCGGGAAAGACCCACCUGGCGGGAUGUCCUAUUCAAUUAA